CCUCACCAAAUAGUUAGUCUACUGGGCCAAGUAUGUAUGUAUGAUUGGGUUCCCGAAAUCCGAGAUCUGAUGUAACUGGGCUUUGAAUACCAAGAGCACACUCAUCUAGGGUAAUACGGAUUCAUUUGGUUCUUUUUUUGAUACCUUCCAGCCGGUCUUUUUGUAUAUCUCAAUGUAUACCUAGUACAUUAAACUGUAUGAUGAUUUGAGAAUACCUUUUGUAUCAUCUUUGACAUUUGAACUCCGUAUACGCUGUAUACACCGGACUCCGUACGAGUUACCAACUUGUUCAUCUAUGAUAUGGACUCGCAGAAGAUCCUCCGUGGCGGUCGCAUGGUAUCGUCAAUUUAUCAAUCUACAAAAAGGACCAAACCGGUGGCUGUUGCUGCUGCUGCUGGUGGUUGGAGAAUGAGUGUUGUUUUACAACAACAACAAGAAGAUUGUUAUUGUGGUCGUCGUCACCACCACCACUCCCAUCAUCGUCAUCGUCCCAGCGGGUCUGGAAUCACAACAGUGGACGUCAGUCACAUUAGAUCUCAAUCGACACCGACACGGGUCCCUGGUGCGAGUACGAGUGUCGGUUCUAGACUUAUCCGACCUCAAACCGUGACUGUGGGCGUGAGACAAUAUUUUACUGCCGCGGACACGAACGCCGUCACACAACCAGAAAACGAAGGAGGUGUUGACAAAGACGACAAGAGAGAGAAAGUUGUGAUAUUGGGUAGUGGAUGGGCUGGUGUGUUUUUUCCCUCUCCUCUAUUCCCCCCCCCCUUUUUUCCCCCCGUUCUUCAAGUGCGUUUCUGUACUCUUGAAAAGGAACUUACAUGCUCAUUUAUUAUAACUUACAUCCAGGUUUUGUUUUGGCACAUCGCCUCGACCCCAAAAAAUAUCGUGUCCUCGUGGUUUCUCCCCGUUCGUACUUUGUCUUCACUCCGUUGUUGAACGACUCGGCCGUCGGUACCCUCGAACCACGCAACGUCCUGGAAUCGGUGCGCGGGCGUGAAUCUUCGGUCGAUUACAUCCAAGCCUGGGCCGACGACCUGGACUUUUCAAACAAGACCGUCACGGUGGAACCGUCCGUGUUGGACCCUGACGUCGGCCACGCCCUGACGGGCCCGCGCGAGCACAACGAACAAAAGACGCCCGUGGGAUUUUUUCGAGAGUCAGACUUUGAUAAAUCAUCACCAAAGCAGCCGUCGUUCCGACUCGGCGGGACGGGGAAACAUCAGGUGCCCACGUUCCCCAUCAACUACGACAAACUCGUCAUCGCGGUCGGGACGUACAGUCAGACGUUUGGGACUCCAGGGGUCCGAGAGAACGCGUACUUCCAAAAGGACGUGGGAGACGCGAGGGCCAUCCGUAAACGGAUCCUGGAACUUUUCGAACUGGCCCGUCUUCCCAACAUCCCCGAGGAGACCAAACGGUGUCUUUUGCAUUUCGCCAUCGUCGGCGGGGGCCCCACCGGGAUGGAGUUCGCGGCUUGCCUGUCCGAUCUCAUCCGCCAGGACCUGUCCAAGAUCCACCCCGGGUUGAUGAAGUACAUCCGGAUCAGCCUGUACGAUGUGGCCCCGAAAGUGUUGCCCAUGUUCGACGCCGCCCUGGCCGAUUACGCCGUGAAGCAAUACAAGCGGCAGAACAUCGACAUCAAAACGAGUCACCACGUCGAAGAGCUCCGGCGCGGGUUCCCCGACGACGAGGAGGCGAGACAGAACCAAGACAGGCAACCGAAAGGGAGAGUGUAUACGAUUCGGACAAAGGAGGAAGGGGACGUGGGGAUUGGCAUGUGCGUGUGGAGCACGGGCAACAUGAACAACCCCAUGGUCGCAAAGGCGUUGCACAACGUCCGCAAAUAUCCCGUUCAAAGUGCCGUGAUGACGACCCCUCGGGAAGGUGCUGGAGAGGACAUGGAGAAUCCGACUGAACAGCAGUGGAUGAUCACGCGAGAUCCCAAGACCGGCGUGUUGUUGGUUGACGAUCAUUUUCGAGUGAACCUGAACACACAAACUGCCGGUGACGGUGAAGGACGUGGUGGUGGUGAGGCGAAAAAAGCGACCGCCGCCAAAGCGUACAUGAAGGAUGUCUUUGCCUUGGGAGACACGGCCAAGUUGAUCUCUGGUCCAUUGCCCGCCACGGCGCAAGUUGCGAACCAAGAGGCCCUGUGGUUGGGUAAGAUGUUGAACAAGUUCGACACCGCCGAGGAAUUCGGCGAGGCAAAAGGCUUCACGUUCAGAAACCUCGGCGUGUUCACCUACGUCGGAGGCGCGAAGGCCGUUCUACAGGGACCCAAUACAGACCGAGAGGGUGUCACGAAGGGCUUGAAAGGGUGGAUCGCCUUUCUGGUCUGGAGAGGUGCGUACUUGACCAUGACCUUGAGCUGGAGGAACAAAUUCCUCGUUCCCAUCCAGUGGUUGGCGGUCAGAGUGUUUGGUCGGGACAUUUCGAGGUUCUAAAGAUGGUGGUGCUCGGUCGGCUUGAUGCGAGAGGAAACAUGACGCAGGGGACCAGUCAUUCUCUGUUUUCACUGUACAGUACAUCUCACUUUUAAAACAUGAAGCUUUUGUGGUAUUCUGAACCAGAACCAAUGUCUGGUGAACCAUGAUUGGCCAGCCUCGUAGUCCCUGCCUCCAACCCCCAUAAUGCCCCUUUUCGGGUUGCCCAACAACCCCUCACUGAAUCGAGGACUUGCUUUUCUUUCUUUUCCU